GGCGAUAGGUGUCACUGAUUUCUUUCUCCGAGUUUUUGCUAGUUCUAGGCCUUCACGGGCAAGACUUCUAUACCUACUGCUGACCAACGGCACCACGGUAACCACUAACAUGGCGGCGAAAAUUAUUAUUGGGUACGGCGUGCCUUUCAUCCAUUGGAGAAUGGGUCCUUCUUCAUGUUAUGGCAAAGACAGUCAUUCAACGUAUGAAUCAAUCAGUUUAGUUUGGUAACUUAGCGACUUGGCAGUGCCGGAGAGCUCGCAAGGAGAAAGAAAUCACUGACCCCUAUCAUUCGUCUUUCAGAGAUUUGUAUCACGUUCAGUCGAUUGUAAAAUGUCAAUAGCAAGCUGCAGUGGUCAAGUUAAGAUAAUCACAAAAGGAACUCUACCAGAUGUCGAUUGAGGAAUUAAACGAAAAGAUCGCUAGUUUAGAUCUAAGAAUCGAGCGCCUUGAAAAUGACAAGAGAACACUAGUGACGACAUUAAGACAAAAAGAUGAAUUCUUCACAGAGGAAAUCAAAGGACUUGUCCCUAAGACAGUUUUUGAAGAAAAAAAGAAAGAGCUAGAGUACGAAAUAGCAGCCCUUAGAAAUGAUAAGGCGAUUCUGAGCAGUGAAGUAGAAAGCCUUAAAGCCGAAGGAAGGAAAGACAAAGAAAGCAUACGCCAAUUCAUAGAGCAUAGAGUCAGUUUUUUUCAACAGAUACAAGGUCAAUUGGAGAAAAAAGAAACUGAUUCAAAGAGAGAAAUGGAGUCUCUUAGAAAGGAGAUGGAUACCAAAAUAAAAAAGCUAUCGGACAAUGUGGAUGCAUACAAACGUGAAGUGAAAGUAUACAAGUCAAAAACCGAUGAUUUGCAAAAAUCAAGAGAUGUUCUCUACAUUGGUCAGCUUUUCGCGAAGUGCAUGGUAAACAUUUACCAAGAGAUUCUUCCAGCAUACUUCAAAGACAAAGAUGGAAAACACAAGAAAGAGUACCAGGUUCCACAUCCAAGCAAAAUUGAAAAGAACAUCGAAACCUUGUAUCAAACCAAGGAGGAACAAGACGAAAAAAAAGCAAUAUGGAGAAAAAAGAAAGAAGAGAUCGGUUCUGAUUAUUUUGAGUUAAUGGCAGAAGUUAAUCCUUCUCAGUUGAAAGAGAUAUGCCGGGAGAUCCUGCCAGAUCUAUUUCUUGGAAAAGAUGGAAAACCCGAGAAAGAGUUCAAACAGCUUUGUCUAAAGAACAUUGAAAAAGAAAUCGAAUUGACAUAUAAAUCUAAAAAGAAACAAGACGAGAAAAAAGAAAUUUGGAGAGCAAAGAAAGAAGAGAUUGGUUCGGACUUUGUUAAAUUUAUGGAAAAGACGAUGAACAAGAGAAAUCAUGAAGCCCACCCUAAUCUACUGAAAGAAGAAGACCUGCAAAAAAUUGGCGAAACAAUGUCAGCCAAGGAGAGGUCAUUUUUAGAGCUUGCAAUGAAACUAGUACCAGCAGAAUAUUUAGGAAAGUAUAAAUAUUUUUGGGUUGGUACGUUUACCGAAUGAUAAUGCAGACUGAUUGAUAAUGCAAAAGACGUUUGUAGUGGUGAGAUACGGAUGUACACAGGCUAGAAAACGAAACAUAUUUUUAAAGCAUACCAUAAGCUCGAAAUCUAAUUUCAAAGGGCUAUAUUUUUACUUUUUUUCACACAAGACAUAUAAAUAUAUAGGCUUGGCUAAUUCRUCAGAUAUAACAUAUCACCGAACUAAUCGGCUAACGAUUUGUUAGAAACGUUUCCACCGAAUUCAAACCACUUGGUAAGUUUAAGAGUAAGUUUCAUUGUUCGUUGUAUUUUCAUUUCACAGUUGAAUUCUUAGAAACAAAAGUUCUUUUUUCCCACAGGAUUUGAAUUGGGCGGUAACGUAAAUAGCAAUGCGUGCUUAGAUCUAUUGUUCCCUUUUGAAAAAGUCAUAUAGAAGAAAGUAUAGAAGUAAGAUAUAAACAAUCCAGAGCUCUAACAUUCAAGGKGCAGAAGUUACUUGUUUGAAUGGGAAUCAGACUCUGACUCGUUCAUUUUUCGAUACAGUUAAUUUGCUGGUAGCUCUGCAGAUACUAAUUUAAAGUAUUUAUUUAAAACUACCACGAUUCACUAGUCUAUAUAUAUUCUUUUUUAUCAUGAAAUCAGAUUUUUAGUAAUAUUAUCGUUUAAAGUGCUACUUCAUAAUCAAAAUUCAUGAUUUUCCAUCCCACCAGUGAAGUUCUUUCUGAAAAAUUGURCACUUUUUUAUGCAAUUUUAAUCAGGUUAUGUCACAUAGAUCACAAUUUAUAGAGAGAAAUAAUACCACGGAACUCUAUGAGUUCUACGCCUAUGAUCACAUUACUUACUUGCACAAAGAUGUCCRAAAAUCUGGAAUUAAUUAAAUUCUAAAGGUUUU